AUCCCCUUUGUCUGAACUGCUGUUUUCUUCUUGGCCAGGCGGAGAAUUGCAGAAAGUCGCGGGCACGGAGCGCUUUCUCCGCGUCGCCAACGCGGUAGUCGUUAUUGCCCGGCAUCUGUCGAGGUGCCUCCCCGCUUUUUCUCCACGGCCCCGCUUCUCCUCCGGUUUCUCUUUACCGCGAGUUUUCCAAGGGUAGUUUUGCCGUUAGCUGCCUCCUUCUCCUCCUGAAGUCUGCGCUCCUCCGAAGCGCAUGCAGCCUCCUCUCUCCAAGAGGCAGCAGGAGGUGGGGGGAGCGGAUCCCCAGCCCGGGGGGGUCAUGGCCCGCAGAGCCGUGCCUCCCUCGCUGUGGUCCGGCAACGAGCGGCUCCGCAUCGGGGAGCGCCUCCAAGCCAGCCUGGCGGGGCUUCUGGAGCUGGAUCUGCUGCGCGAAACGCAACGGGAGACGGUGGAGCGCGCUCUGCAGCGCAGCCAGGAAGAUGGAGACCGGCAACAGAAAGACGGAAGCCUCCUGGGCAACAGUGACCUGCCGCCUGCAGUGAAGCUGGACCGCAGCAAAUCUGAGGACCUUCUCGGGACUCCCAAGAAACCUCGCAUCUCCUACAGCUCAUCGGAGAACAUUGAGGUGGCUUCUGGAGCUCUCCGUGUUAAUGCAGGAAUGAGAUCUGAUGCAGGCUGCCUCGGGUUACGGAUGGUCAGUGAACAGCUUCUCUUCCCCAAGAAAGCCGGAGUCAACCGAGGAGAUGCCCAGGAGAUCAUGGAGGCAGACUCUCGGCCCAGCUCAGGGUUUUACGAGACCAGCGAGAUGGGCUCCCUCUCAGAUUCCUGCGCCUCUGUGCACAGCGACGGGCCUGGGGAUUCUCGCUGCAGUGUCGGCUCCCUCUCUCAACUGCCAGGCCUGCGGGAAAGCAACUUUGUCCGGCCACGUUCUACAGAUGAGGCUGCCGUUCGUCUCCUGGACCUCCAACUGCAGAGAUUCACAUUGGCAAAUGCUCCUGGUGCUGACAGUAGAAGACCCGUCUCGACAGGUGACCUUGAGUUCCUCUUGGGGCUUGGAGAUUUGUCCCUGCCACUCUCAAAGAACCCAAGCCUUCAGCUGCUGCAGUACAAGUCAGACCUUGUCUCUCGGAACACCAAUGAAAUCUACCAUUACCCCAGCCCUUUGCAUGCGGUGGCUUUGCAGAGUCCUCUUUUCACCAGCAGCCUCUCCCAGAGCUCUUCUCAGGAAGAACUUGAUGAGGGCCCCACAGAGCUUGCAGGGGUCAGCUCCCCAGAAAGUGCACCCCCUUCCUCCCCACAGCAGCAGAGGGCGCAGCUGGAUCGCUACAUUGCCAAGUUGGUGUUGCGGUACAAGUGCCGUUCAGCGGUGAAUAGGACAGAAGUGGGAUUCUUCGCUGGAAACCAGAAGAGUUUGUCCAUGUUGUCUGUCUGCAGUUCCAUGCUGGGUGCCAGCCAAUUCCUCGCCUCGGUACCAGGGUGGAAGAUCCGGCGGCGUAUCUCUACCUGCUCCCACUUUCGCUCACCAGAAGGCUCAGAGGGGGCACGAGAUUCUCAAGUCUUGGAUGGCCAAGGAGACUUCGCCAUGUUUCCAGAGAUCAGCUCCAUCCAGUCUAGCACCACCAACCUCUCCAAGGCUAGCGAGCCUUCAGUAAUGUCCCUCCCUGAUCCUCUCCCACUGUACCGGGAGCCAUCUCUAGCCUCCUGUCCAAAGAAGCUGCCUGGUGGAUCAGAAAGAGGGGUCCUCAAUUGGGUUGACCGUACCCAACGUUACAUCGUGCAAGUGGAGUCUCCUGCCCGGAAAGUUCUGUCGUUACCCCCAGCUGCUGUGGACUUGGACAAACUAUACAAAGGUAAGCAUGCUUCCCGGGAAUUGGUGAAGACAGCGGAGAAGCUGGAGAAACAUACAGAAAGAAGCUGGUUAAACCCUCGGGAACUGCUGCGCAAGUUUAGCCUCCGUCGUAAGCCAUCCAAUCGGGUAGGAAGCAGGGCCCGGGCCAGCUCAGAGAUCAAUGUCCAUGCAGCAGCAGGGCUGGUAUGCCACAGCGACUCUCAAGUCGGCAAAAGCAAAGUGGUCAAGACAAAAUGGGCGUCUGUCCUAGAGAUUUCCAACAAGGCCCCAGGGCGGCAUCGGCUGAAAGCUGGUGUCUUUCACCCACCUCAUCCGCUGAACCGUCAUCUUGCCUUCUCUGCCGAUUCUCCAGCAUCCCUUUGCUUCCUGGGGAGUAGUCACCUGGACCUGCCGCCACGGCAGCGGGCUGGAUUUGCUGGCAGUGGCUCUGGUCUUGGCGAGGCAGAUGCCACAAGCGCCAUCAGCCUGAAUGGCGACUGGAUCCUCCAUCACCUUGGCGACAGAUGGCCCCAUGGUUCUGCCACCUUAGACUCCACCGACCUGCCAGUAGGCAGCUUCAAGCUUCGCCGCAGUCGCUCCUUUAAGGAGCUCAAGCGAAUGAUGUCCCGAUCCAUCAAAGGUGCCAGAGUCCCCAAGUGAUCUCUUUGCCAUUCAAUAAUGCUACAGUGAGGUUGGAAGAUUGGGUGGGAUGUGGUUGUUUCUUAUCCUGUUACGGGAUUCUAGUUGAUGCUCCUGAAAAGACAUCUUGUUUACUGUCACCUGGCAAAAGUUCUCCUUGACUUGGACAAAUGGAGCUGCCAUUUGGGCUGCUUCCUCUCACCCAACGCACAGAUUCUUGUAUCUCCUCCCUUCUUUCAGCUGCGUAUGGCCUUCUUUCUGCUGCAUAUGUUCUUGCAUUCAGACCUUGAUUCUGGUACACCUGGACACUUGACUGGCCUUAACAACUGUGAAAGUGGACCAAAAGGAUUCUCAAUGGAAGGGGGAAGGUCUUGUGACAGCCCUCUCUCUUAACCUUUCCUCCUACAGUGUUUUCAUGUGUUUGCAGCGUAACACAGAGGGGCAGACAGAGACUAGCGCAGCUACGCCUGUUUCCCUUGUUCUUUCCUACAGUUAUUUUCCUAAAAAGUUACUCUUUCUGAUGGUGGAAGAAGGGCCGAGGCCUACACAAUUUGUAAUCGACGAAGCACAACAAAGGGUCUCCCUCCCUCCACUCCUAGUCCAGGAAAGUUAGCAAAAACAGAUUUAUCAAAUGUCCAGCCAGCCAAUGUACAUGGUGGGCAUUGGGCCACGUUUGACUUUGUGAUUUGCAGAUUGUGUAAGCCCUGAUAGUCAUUUCAAAGAAUGUACAUUUUGUUCUGGAAACUUUGUGGGCGUUCAGUGUCUUGGCUUCCUGACUGGUGCUUCAGGCCUGAAAUCCAUGGGGCCUUUUUCUUGUGCUGGUAAAAUACCUCCCUUUUCCAAUAUGAGUAUUAAUUUGUGUUAGAAAAGCAACCUCUUAACUGGCCCUUGUGAAAAGUGGCUUUUUUUUUUUUUUUUGCUUUUCCUACUUCAGCCUUCAAUGGGCUUCAUCAAGGAACAACCAAACAUCUUUUGAAAACUUUAUCUUUGGUACUCAAACCAUAUUUAAAGGAAAGGGAUGCUAGAUUACCUAAAUCCUUAUAGCACAAAGCACCAGCUUAACUUUUGUUAAAAAAAAAUAAUAAUUCUCUUGCUGUCUAAAACUGUGAACCUCAAUUUUUUUCUAAAUGUAAAUGAGAUACUGCUGAGGUUAGACUCUUUUUUUUUUUUUUUAAACCUGGUGUUUCUCCCUCAUUGCUUUGAGAAACUGCUGGGAAUGCUAACAGUGGGAGAUUUAAGCCCUCAGUGUAAUGAUGUUUCCAAAUGGUGGAUUUCUUUUCAGGUGCCAUUUAAAGUCCACACCUGAACACCAGGGCUUUGUGUAUUGUGAGCAAUAAAUAAAAAUUCUGUGUUGCAGUAA